AAAUGGCAAGUGGUUCGUAUGCGAUCGGUGCAAAUGCAGCCAAAGACACAUCGUUUAGGACAUGUUUAUGUGCGCUGUUGGUUUUUAUCGCAAUUUGUGCCAUUUUAUUGCUUUCACUGCUGUUAACCAAAAAAGGAAGAAGCGAAGAAGAAAAGGGUACGGAGUAUAUGAGAUAUCAUGGCUCUCCACCAGUUACUGAUAAAACAAAUGAAAAAAAUUUGUCAGCUACAACUCACCCUACAACGACACCGACCACAACAACCACAAUAACGACACCAAGCACAACGACAACUCAUGUUAACACCAAAGAGUCAACGCCGAAAGACGCCAUGCAACACACAACUGCAGAGUAUUUCAUAACCGAGGGGAAAUUAGGGGAUACUACACAACCAAAGGAAAUCGGUGAUAUUACGUCAACUCUACGCUCGACCGUUCAAGGAACAGUAUCUACACCCGAUACCACAUUAAGCACGCCAUUUAUCGACGUUCGAUUAUCGGGUAAUGAUACCACAACCUCCAACCCAACAACAGUAACUACACCGACCACAACAAAUACGUUACCGAUGUCGCAGACCACCAUCGCAACCACAGACUCAAAUUCAACUACAGUAAAAGAUACACCAGUUGUAAAUGUAACAAGCUCCACUACAACCCCAACAACAGUUACAGCAGCGAAAACAGCAACAUCGGCCCGUACAACAACACCCAAAGUUACAACUGAAUAUAUCGACGAUAGCAUGAACGUAGUUGAGGCAACCGGUUUUGAUACGACAGAAACACCCCCGAUGACACCGGGUUCUUUGGGGCAAAUAGUCACUACUACAGAAAAGGAACCGGAACCAAUAUGUCUAUCAUCAAAAUGCAAAUCGGUAGCUUCUGCCAUGCUAGGUUCCAUGAAUCACUCGGUCGAUCCAUGCGAGGACUUCUACGAGUUUGCAUGCGGGGGUAUGAAACUCGAUUAUGAAGAUUCGGACACCUGGCUAAGGAUAUGGGACCAAACGCAUCAUAUUAAUGAGACAUCUCCGCAAUCCUUGCAGACCUAUAAGACAUUUUAUGACAGCUGCGUCUCCCACGAGUACCUUUUUAAUUACGAGUUCCGGACCAUUGUGGUGCAAGAACUAGUAAAAGAAGUGGGUAAUUUUAUGGACACAUACGAAGGUAGCGAACACAUAGACAUAACUAAACUUUUUGCUUACCUCAUCUUGCGUCGAUCGCUUCCAAUAAUGGAGGUCGCGCUUGAUAUCGACAAAGAAACCUCCAAAUUUAUACUGACGUUGAGUGUUCCAGGCAAGGUAUCCAUUUUACUUGACAAAACGGAAGCCGCGAAAUUGACUGAUUUACAAAACCGCUGUUUGGAUAAGUUCAGAACACAAUUACAACAGGAAUUUGUCGAUCUGAACGAGAUUCACGACCAGUUCAUAGAGUGCCAAAAAGACUAUACCGUGUAUUUAUUUUCGAUACAAACGGCUGCUGCGUCCAUAGGCUUUUUUUCGAACUGGACGAAUACGUACAAUCGGACGCAGGUUAUGCAAGAUUUACGCACUACGAUAGAAUGGGACGUUUUAGAUCAUUCGAACGCUCUUCCACCACCAAACGAAAGGCGAGAAUCUACCUUACUGAAGGAUUACACCUUGAAGACAAUAUCCGACUUGCAAACUGAAUAUCCGUUCUUACAGUGGACGAAAUUUUUUAAAAUUCUCACCGAAAAAGAUCUAGGCGAAGAAACGUUAGUCCAGGUGUACUUUCCAGAUUAUUUCGAACAACUCUUCGCUGGACUGAGCGUCGCACCACUAUGGAAAAUCAACAACGCAUUAAUUGCAUUUUAUGCAAAUCACUUAUACGAGACAUUGGUAAUACCGAGAGCAAAAGACAACAGAGAGUUUUACUGUUUGCAACUGAGCACGAAACUAUUCAGAGACAUUACCUCACAUCUCUACAUAAAAACAUGGUCCCCAACCCAGCUGCAAGAAAUUGACAAAUUCUUGUCGGACAUCUUCGAAACAAUUAAGAAAAACCUAGCGUUAGAAUUUAAAGCUGCUUCUUGGCUGGACGAUGACACAAAAAAAUCGAUGUUAAUAAAAGCCAAAAAAAUGGUUCUAACUUUUGGUAAAGCAACCGAUAGCUACAACGACGUACAAUACCUCAACGAAAAGUACAAAGAUGUCGAGCUGCGUAAAGAUACUUUCAUGAAAAACGUUGUGAAGAUGCUGGAGUUUGACCGUAAAUCUUUAUACAAACUUACUGGAAAAUUAUUUACCAUAGAUUACUUGUGGAAUUACUUCAUUAGUGUAUUUGAUUCACGACCCACGUCAUUCUAUACAGAGCGACUAAUUAUGGCUCCGAUCGGAAUGAUGAGUGGUCCUCUGUCAGGAACUCCUGGGUACAUAACGAUGUCACGCAUCGGAUUAUCCUUAGCAAGGGAAAUAGGCCAUUAUUUCGAUCCCGUAGGAAUACAAAACGACAUGAAAUUAACCCCGGCUGCAAAGGCGACCUACGACGCAAUGGUCGAUCAUAUGAAGCAAGACUUACUUUUAAAGGCAAAUCAAAAAACUGUCAAAAAUCAGAAGGUUUCGUUCACGGUUUACCCAAAUCUAUCCGCAAACGAACGCAUCGCAGACAAUACGGGUAUGAGAUUAAUCGAACACGGCUUGGAUAGUUUAAGGGCUGAGAAUAUACUUCCGUGGAUUUCCACGACGUUGUCGAGGGAACAGAUUUUUUACAUAUCAAUUGCUCAAGAUUACUGCCGAAUUACGAAUCUAGUCGACUACAUGUUGGCACUGUUAGAAACAGAAAGCUUACCACCUUCGCUUAAGGUGGAAAACAUCGUGACGAACUCUGAAAAAUUCGCAGAGAUCUUUCACUGCCCCAAAGGAUCUGAAAUGAACAAUAAUCCGAUGAAAAUUCAAUUUCCCAAUUUAGUAAAACAUGAAAAUUCGGGCGAAUUAUGAUUUAAUUAUUGUUUUUAUAAGUAUUUAUAAUAAAUACUGUUUAGUAAAGUUA